AUGGCCAUGAUUUCCCCCUUCUCCGAGGCGCCUCACCAGGCUACGGCAACGCAGCAGAGCUACUUUGAAAUUCAAGAUGAUUCUGCGCACGGCGAUACACUGGCGGACAAAUAUCAGAUGCUGGAAGAACUGGGUAGUGGCUCGUUCGGUGUCGUGUACAAGGCCAUAGAGAAGGCCACGGGUGAAGUCGUCGCUAUCAAACAUGUUGACCUUGAAUCUUCCGAAGAAGACCUCUCCGACAUCCUGUCUGAACUCUCCGUCCUAUCGUCAUGCUCAAGUCCGCACGUCACAAAGUAUCGUCUGGCGUUUCUGCGUCGGCAGACUCUGUGGAUUGUCAUGGAAUACCUGGGGGGCGGAUCGUGCGCUGAUCUCCUCAAGCCUCCUCCCCAUCGCAUAUCAGAGAGUCACAUCGCCAUCAUUUGUCGAGAACUGCUCCUGGGCCUAGCAUACCUUCACGGAGAAGGAAAACUACACCGAGAUAUAAAGGCGGCAAACAUCCUGCUGGGCAUGGAUGGCCGGGUGAAGCUGGCCGAUUUCGGCGUCGCGGCGCAGCUGGUAGGACUGAAGAGCAUGAGGAAUACUUUUGUCGGAACUCCCUUUUGGAUGGCACCCGAGGUCAUUCAGCAGGAAGGUCAUGACGCCAAAGCCGACGUUUGGAGUCUGGGGAUCACGGCCAUGGAACUAGCAAACGGCGAACCUCCGCACGCCAACGUUCACCCCAUGAAAGUCCUCUUUCUGAUCCCGAAACAAGCCGCGCCACGGCUGGAAGGGCCCAGCUGGUCCAAAGAUUUCAAGGACUUUGUUGCUUGCUGUUUAACCAAAGACGUCGACAAGAGGAAGAGUGCAAGGGAGUUGCUCAGCCAUCGCUUCAUACGAUCGGCGGGAAAGAUUGAAGGGCUACAGGAGUUGAUUGUCCGAAAGCAAGACUGGGAAGCCAGCAAAGGAGGGGACAGAAACUUGAAGUAUUACGCCGAAACGCUCAAAAACCUAUCGCAGGCCCGAAAUGACGAUGACUGGGUGUUUGAGACUGUCAAAGCUAUGCCCACCAUGAAUUUGAAGGAAUUCCCAACCCAGCGGAUGAGGAAGGCUGAGAGAACUCCACUGGACGGGUUGGAGCGAAGCGCCACGCAGAUGAUGGAAGAUCUGACUCUUGACCGACGCCUGGAACCGGAACAAAGUCCUACUAAGUUGACGAUGCGCAAAAUCUCCGAGUCAAAACAGCAACAGAGCUAUCAAGACCGAAGAGACUCGACAGAUUCGGUGUCAGGCAAGAGAACGAGCAGAAAGAGACUAUCCAGUGCCCAGGUACGGCAGCCGUUGGGAGUCAACAUGUCAUUUGGCAACAGCCCGAGCACAGUCCGACAAUUCAGACGAGUAUCACCCAACGCCAACACCAGCCCAAACACGGAAAAUGAGGAUCCGAACUCUAGCGUUAUUCGGACACCGUCAAAGGCGAAACCUGGCUUGGCCUCUCUGGUGGACAUCGAGACCUCGUUGCUCUCAAAGCCAGACAAAGCUUCCCGAUUCUCCUCAACCGCGACAACCAUCGCGAUGGAGACCAAGGAGGCGAGCCUUGGCCGCAAACUCUACUCCAACGCAAUUGGCAUAUCGUGUCAAGACGUCCUCAACGACACGGCCGACGAGGUCAAACGCGAGGCUGUUGCACGGUUGGCCGAGGCCUUUUCCGACUUGGAAAGCGUGGAUCCAGAUGGCAUGUAUCACAUUAUGCAGUCGAUCAUUUCCAAGAUGAAACAGGACGACACUUUGAAGAGUAUGCUGCCACAACAAUCUAUGACGAUGUCGCCAUCGAAGGAGAUGCUGCAGUCACCUCAGAAGCUCCUCGACCCCUUACACGCGUCCAUGGCAUCACCGCAACCAAUUGGCGCCAAUGAGAGCAGACAAGUGACUCCGAGUACCCCGACUAAAGGUGCUGUGGGUGCCAAACUGGUCCUUGCGCAAAACAACCCGCACCUCAAGAGCCAUCGACGGAGGCAGAGUGCACAAGCAGCCAUUGUCAAGUCUCGCGACACAAGUCAAGUCUUUGCCAGUCCGUUACGGAACACCAGCGUCGAGGAGAAGAGAAAAACGAGUCUGUUGGAGGCAGACAGCCAAACGGAGAAGGAGAUGAUGAACGGAUUGGUUGGUGGGCUGGAACACACGAGACAACUGGCCGACGCGCUGUUCGAGAGAUGGUGCGAGGGCCUGAGGGUCAGAUGGCCAGCAGUUUGA